CACCUGGAAGAGUACCGAAAGAACAAGAAUCGAGCGCGAAGAAAUCAAAUUGGUUUACACUAGCUCGUGAAAAAGGUAUUGGAUAUUGGAGUCUUGGACGCGGCCAAGUGAAUAUAGCGUUGCGAAAGUUGGUGUUUCGACGAAAAUUAACGCAAUAGAAAUUAAUAGCCUUAUGCAAAAAGUAUGCUUCAAGGAUUAAUCUACUAGAAAAAUGGAAACUUAUGAUGUAAAACCAAAUCAAUGUCAUGUCGGAAUUUUAUUCUGUAGUGAAUGCAACAAUAUGUUGUAUCCGAAAGAGGAUAAACGUACAAAAACUUUAUAUUAUGCUUGUCGUAAUUGUGAUUAUUCUCAAGAAGCAGAUAAUCCCUGUGUUUAUAUCAAUAAGCUUGAGCAAGAAGUUGAUGAAUUAGCUUUAAUUGUUCCAGAUGUUGUACAUGAUCCAACGCUACCUCGUACAGAAGAUCAUAUAUGUCGUCGAUGUGGGAAACAAGAAGCUGUAUUCUUCCAGUCACAAACUUUAAAAGCUGAAGAAAAUAUGCGUUUAUACUAUGUUUGUACUAAUGUUGAUUGUUUACACAAAUGGACUGAAUAAAAUAUAAUUGUAAAUUGUUACCUAAUAUAUUAUUUUUUAAAAUAAAUAAGAAUGAUUUCUAAUGAAA